AUGGCUCCUCACCCCUUGACGGCGUUAUCUGGAGACGAGUUCAGAGCGGCAAGAGACAUCAUUUCCAAGCUCUUUGACCAAGACGUUUCGCUCUUCUUCAGAUGUAUCUUCCUGCAAGAGCCAAAGAAGGAGGAGCUCGUGCCGUAUCUUCAGGCAGAGCAUGCGAGAAAGCUUACAGAUGAGACACCUCGCCCACCGCGCCGAGCAAGGGUUCAAUACGAUGUUAUUCGGAGCGGCAAGAGGCCAGAAUAUACCCAAUCUGUGGUACACCUCAAGACCGGCCGUGAGCUUGACAGAACUGUGGCUGCACCGCACUUCCAAACCAGCUAUACCCCCGAUGAGUUUGGAAUCUUCCAAGACGCCUGUGUGGCAUCUCAAAUAUUCAAAGACGCCAUGGCCGAGUUCUCUCUCCCGGAGAACUUUACCGUCACAAUCGACCCCUGGCCCUAUGGUGGUCCGGACGAGGACGAAGGGGACAUUGCCCGCCUGAUGCAGGGCCUCGUCUUCGCGCGCGACGCCUCCAAGAACAACGUCGACUCGAACCAUUACGCCUACCCGAUCCCGAUCAUCCCCGUCAUGGAUAUAGCCACCCGCAAGAUCCUCCGCGUCGACCGCCUCGCCACCGGCGCUGCAGGCGACGGCCUCGUCCCCCAACCGCGUGCUGCGGAACCAAAGUCACUCUUCGCCAACAACAUUUCCUCCGAGUACAUCCCAGAGCUCCUCGAGAUCCCGCAGCGCGAGGACCUAAAGCCCAUCAACAUCACCCAGCCCGAGGGCGCCUCCUUUGCCAUCCAGCCGGACAACCUCGUCGAGUGGCAAAAGUGGCGGUUCCGCCUCGGCUUCACCCCCCGCGAGGGCACGGUACUACACGAUCUCUGCUACGAUAACCGCCCCGUAUUGUAUCGUCUAAGCUACAGCGAGCUGACAGUGCCCUACGGCGACCCUCGUCCGCCCUAUCAACGCAAGCAGGCCUUUGACCUCGGCGACGGAGGCUUCGGCCGCGUGGCCAAUAACCUCGAGCUCGGCUGCGACUGCCUCGGCGCGAUCCACUACUUUGACGCCCUGAUGGCCGACACGGAGGGGAACCCGACGGUGGCGAAGGCCGUGGUCUGUCUCCACGAGCAGGACAACGGGAUCGGGUGGAAGCACACCAACUUCCGCACGAACCGGGCCGUGGUCACGAGGCUGCGGGAGCUCGUUGUGCAGUGCGUCGUCACGCUGGCCAACUACGAGUACGUGUUUGCGUACAAGCUCGACACGGCGGGCGGGAUCACGCUCGAGACGCGGGCAACGGGGAUCAUGUCUGUCGUGGCGGUGGACGAGGGCAAGAAAGAGUCUGCAUACGGCGCCGUCGUUGCGCCGGGCGUGCUGGCGCAGAAUCAUCAGCACAUCUUUGCUGUGAGGAUUGAUCCUGCGGUGGACUCGUACGCCGAGGGGGAUACGCGCGUCGUUGUGGAGGAGAGCGUACCUGUGCCUUUGAAUAAGGAGACGAACCCGUAUGGCAACUACUAUGAGAUUCGGAAGCAGGUUGUCGAGAAGGCAAGUUGGAUCGAUGCGGAGCCAAAACUGAACAGGGUGAUCAAAUUUGAGAACCGGACGAAAAAGAAUGCCAUGUCGGGUAGGAACGUGGGGUUCAAGCUUACGCCGUCUGCGUCGCAGCUGUUACUGGCGGACGAGACGAGCCAGGUGUCGAAGCGGGCCAAGUAUGCGAGGCAUCAUGUCUGGGUUACGGGACACCGCGAUGACGAGCUGUGGGCGGCUGGGCAGUAUACGAACCAGAGUCGGGAGGAGGUUGGUGGGGUGUGGGAUAUGGUUCAGAGGGGGGACUGGUUUGAGGACGAGCGUGAGGCGAAUGGGGAUGGCAAUGGUGGUGGUGAGGGCAGGAAGAGUAGUCCUGUCGUCUGGAGUGUGUUUGGGUUGACGCACAACCCUCGGGUGGAGGAUUGGCCUGUGAUGCCCGUCGAGAUACACCAUCUCACCAUCCGACCAGCAGACUUCUUCACCUCGAAUCCGGCGCUCGAUAUGCCCACCAACAAGAACAAGACGAGUGUAAUUGUUCCGUGUUGCGGGGGACAGGAGACCAACGGGGCGAAUGGAGAUAGCAAGGAAGGCGAGCAGGCAGUACAGGAGGCUGCCCUGACGCAUCUUCAGGGGCCUGGACCGGAUGUUCCUGCUGCGGAGGCUGGAGCGCAUGUUGAGAGGCGAGACUAA